AUGGCGACCUCAACACCUAUCUCUAUUCUUACCAUUUCCCUCUCCCGUCAUCUUCACGACCGCGACAUAAGCGAAAGCCUACAGGAACAAUGGUCCGAGAUCAAAGUGCCCUCAUCGACAGCAUCGCGCUUCACAAAUCUCGGCUUUGACCUCGACGGCAACGGCGCCAACCUUGAUGAACUUAAACUACAACUUAAUGAGCGGGCUUGGGGCGGGAUUAUUGUUGGAUGGUGUUCCCGCGGUAACAUUGAGUUCACGGAGCUGUUCGAGGCAGUUGUGACUGUCUGCGUCGACUACAUCGUUGAAAGGAAGAAGGGAGAUGUUUCGCAAAAGGAACCUAAGCUGAUCUUUUGUCGCGGGCCGGAUGAUCUCGUCAACGCGACGCUGCGUAACUUUCCAAGUGGUGAAUGA